AUGAAUAAUACAGAUCAAGCAUCAUUUUAUUCGAAUCCAGCAGCAUCACAUCCACAGAUACCUGGAUUUUAUAUAUCAAAUAAUCGUAUAGAACAACCAUCCCCUGUACAAGUAUGGAAUCAAGCACCAUAUGAAUUACGAAUGAAUCAUCAACCAUAUAUCAAUCAACAAAUGUCUGAAGAUUAUCCUCAACGAUUUCAUGUUCCUCCAACAUUAUUUAUAUCUGCCAAUAAUCUACGACCAAUGAAUUCUUCAACGGUUUCUUUACUACAACCAUCACAUGCAAAUGUAAAUUAUUCACAUUUGAUCUCACAAAAUGAAUAUUCUUUAAUGUAUGCACCGAGAAAUAAUAGUCUUCCAUCAGUAUCAACUGGUUAUUCACAACCAUUGUUUCCAACUUAUCCAACGUCUCCAGUACCGUCAACAAUUCCCAAUCAACCAAAAACACUACAGAAGCCACCAGAUACACUCUCUGAUUUAACAGAACAAAUACAAAUUCAUCGAAUACAAGAUACAAAAAUCGAUGAAUCAACUGUAGCAGCAUAUCAGCCUACAAUAGCACAACAUAUUCAACAAUCGAAUUUCUGUGCACCAAUAAUAUCAUCUAGAAGAAAGAAAAGACGAAAGAAAAAAUCAUUAUUUCCUGUUGAUUCAGUACUACAUAAACCCGUAGAAGUUUCUACACAAUCCAUAACUUCGGCUACGACGAUAUCAGCGGGAUCUUCAACAAUAAUAAUGAGUGAAAAUCGACCUAUUGAAUCAACUACGACAAAUACAGUUAAAUCAACAAAUAAAACAAAAAAACAAGCUAAAGUUCCACAACAAUAUGCUGACAUACUUGCUAAUUCUUCCAAUAUUCAAAUAAAUAAGUCUGAUAAUCCAAUAUCUUCCGUGACUGAAGAAAUUAGUAAGAAUUUGCUGAAAUCACAACAAACACUAAUAAUCAAUGAUGAAAAAUCUUUGGUAUCACCAAAAAAACGUUUCCAUUAUGAUCGUCAAGAACUUUUACGUAUUCGUGAUAGUUCAGCACCAUUUCCGGUUCCACAACGUCUUGUUGGUCUUGAUAUUGUUGUUAAUCAAUGUGACAAAAAUAAUAGUAAUGAUAAUACAAGUCAUUCAUAUACUGAUACAACCAGUCAACGACGCAAGAAUCGUGCAUGUCGUCAAAAAUCAUUACGUACUAAUCGGAAAUCAUUAACACAUGAUCAAAAUAAUCCAAGUCUAACAAGCGGUUCAAGUCAUAAAAUAGAAAUUCAUGUAUCAACUGAACCUGAUUUUAGUAAUCAAGUUACAAAUACUUACAUUCCAGUCGACCAACAUAAAAUUGAUGCUGAUAAUAGAUUUUUAUGUGAUGUUAGAUUCAUAUUAAAUAAAUUAACACCACAAACAUAUGAUCAAUUACAAAAACAACUUGCAACUUUAGAAAUUGAUUCUUAUGAAAAACUACAAGGAAUGGUUAUGAUAUUGCAUUCUAAAGCUGUUGAUGAACCACAAUAUGGUUUUCUAUACGCAAAAUUAUGUAGACAAUUUCGAAAAGUAUAUUUUCUAUUAUCGAUUUAA